CGAGAUUCUCAUGCCGGUAUGUAAAAUUUAAAUGAGUUUUUACCUUAAAAUCCUGAAAAUUUGACAGUUUUUACUUCAGAAAUACUAAUAAAACUUCAUGAAAGUUUCAAAAGUUUUUUGAAAUGAGAGGCUUCUAAUACGUUUUUCACAUCGACCUCUCCAAUGGGGGCUUCUAAUAGGGGAGUUUUGGGGGCGGGUUAGCUUGAAAUGCUGAGGUUAUGAAAUUCUUCGCAAUUUCAGAUUUUCAGAAUCUUAGAGUAUGAUAGUCUCCGAAGUGCUGAAUAACAUGCUUCUCGGGAUUGAUAACUAUUCAGAAAUUCUUAAAUUCCGAAUCUCUAAAUGUUUGUGAAUUCAGGGAAACGUGGCAGCGUAAAUUUCUGAGAUUGUGAAAUCAUAAAACCUAUGAAAUUCUGAGAUUCUCGAAUUCUAGAGUGUUCAGAUUCAGAAAUUGCGCAGUUUCUGAAAACUCGAAAACAUGUGAAGCUCUGACUGUCUUGAGAUUCUGGAAUUAUGAAAUUCCUGAGAUUAUGAAAGUCUGUGGUUCUGAAAUUCUGGCGAUUGUGGAGUUCUGAUCGUCUCAAGAUUAUGGAGUUAUGAAAUUCCUGAUAAUUUGGCAGCUCUGUAACAUUUGGAUCAAAUAGCCUUUUUAUCUAAAAUGAAACUUAUUUAUGAUCUAGAUAAAAGACGGCAUCGCACCAUAUAAAAUCCCAUUAGUUUCUUUACGAAAAAUCAUAUUUCAGCGGCAUCAUCAUCAUGACUUCAACAAAUGAUUUAUCGCACGAAACCUUGCCACAUUGCACGAAACAUUGCACAUUACUAUUUCUAAAAAUGUGUCAGGAUUCUGAUAAUUUUUUCCACACUUGACCCCGACUUUCGCCUCCAGUAUCCAGGCAGAGAAUUUUAGAACAGAAUUUUUAGAGUCUUUCGUACCGAAUAAUUUUAGAAUUCUAAACUAUUAAAAAUCUAAAAUUUCAGAAUUUUAAAAUUCUACAAUAUUAGAAUCGCAGAAUUCUGAAGUGUUUCGCUGCUGACCCUAUCUUUGUCUCAUAGGCUUGUAAAAAUUAUAUUGUAAUUUAGUGGUCCUUUAAUUCCGAAUUCGUCUAUAUACACACAUAUGUGACUACAUGAAUUUCUGAGUUCCUGAGUACCUAACUUCAUAUAUGUACACACACAUAUAAACUUCAAAAUUUAUUCGUCGUUUUAGACUCUCAACAUUAGUACAAUUGUCCGAGCUAUGUGAGACAGGGUCUGAAGUAUCUGUCGUAAAAAUUUCAACUCAAUCGAACCAUUUUCUUGAGGGAUCGUAAUAUGACUGGAUGAAAGCUCAUAAAAGAAGAUGUCAAAAAAUUCUGAGCAAAAAUACAUCGAUUUUCUUUUUCGGUAUUUAACUCUGGUAUAAAUUUGGAGCCAAUGGGAUCUUUGCUUCCAUCUUUAGCAACAGGAUCAAAAGGAGACGGGGUGUCCUUAAACGGUCCAAAAUGAGAGUAAACUUUUCAUACAAUUGAAGUAAUUAUUCAAAAUCAGAGGAAAGAUACCUCUCGUCCCCUCCUAUCACGACGUCCUUGUUCUCCAUAUAACACCAGUCUAGUGGCAAGUGUAGGUUGUUUCUUCACUGAAUUGUAGACAUUUUCAUCUCAUGUAUUUUUCUUACGAUGGAUACUUCUUUAGGUAAUGGCUGAGAAAGUACGAGAAGGUAUUCGACAAGCCGAAAAGGGUCUACAAAAUGAAAAUCAACAAUUGUUAUCCCAAGAAGGCAUCUUACGUCAACUACCGAUAGUUUCCAAUCUUUUAAGUUGGUGGUCACCAUCAAUCUCACCAACGAUAAAAGGUCUUUCAUUUGAUUUAAAAUCGGGGGCACUUGAAAGUACCGAACCCGUUCAUCGCUAUCAUAUGCAAAUACAAAAUACCUCGACCAUCGAUCAACAUGAUCUUCAACAACAGGCAAAUAUGCAUCGAGAACAGUCAGACUCAAUGGCACACCAGAGUGAAAAUGAAACGUCUUCCUCGCCUUCGUCAAUACCAAUAACUAAUGAAAAAAAUUCGCAAUAA